AUGUUUGGCAACGAUAAGCAAAAGCUUAUAAAACAUGAAGACUAUGAAUUACAUGGUACUCCUGCUACGGGGGAUAAUGACGGUGGUGCUGGAUUUUACCCACAAGAAGGACGUCCAAUACCUCAGCAAGGGUAUGUGGACCCACGUGGACCAGUGCUUCCACCUAUGAACGUCUCGGAUGCCGUGGGUCUUGGUAGUCAGCGUGACAACAUCAUAUCGGUACACGGUUACAUGCACAAGCAAGGCAAACGUACUAUUAAAGGACCGAUUCAUAAAAGUUGGAAACGUCGUUAUUUUGCGCUUGAAAAAGCUAAAAUUUACUACUUUCAUUCGCAUUUAGAAUGUCGGCAAUAUUUUACGACGCGUAAUGCUGAUUUAGUAGUUGGGGCUAUUGAAUUAAAGGAUGCGCUUCAGCUACGUCCAUGCGCUCGUUUGGAUUUGCCUCAUAAAGGUUUUGAAGUACAUACAAAACGUCGUGUAUGGGUAUUGUGUCCAGAAUCGGAUGAUGAGUAUCGUAUGUGGUUUCAGGGUGUUGAGCGUGCUAUUGUAGCGAAUGGUGCGGGGAACAUUAUUGAGCGUAAAUUACCAAAUGUUCGCAAGUAUUUGAUGAAGGGAAAUCAAACGUAUCGAUUUUUCUACUUUUGUUUCUUAAUUGCUGGAAUUGUCGAACUGUUAGCAAUUGUGUUUUGGUUUGUUAUUGGUCUGGAACCAUGUGAUGCUGCUCGUCUCGAAGUCGACUGUACCACUAUCAGGAUGACGUCCCUUGAUAUUCUUCGUUGCUCAAGUGAGCCUUUUAGUGGAUGGUUCACUCCACCGAAGUGGUAUCUACAAGUGGCUGAUGUUGAAAAUGUCAUCUGCUUUCGCGACCCACCGAUACCUCAGUGGAUUUCAUACUUUGCAAUGAUACUAGCGGAAUUACUUACAUUUGCAUUAGGUGUUCUUUACUACCUUGGAAUGUGGAAACCUGUCCGUCGUGGUGCUCAUUACUUUGAUGAAUUUGAGCCGCCUGUUCCGGAUGAAUUGUGGCCCAAAGUUGAUAUUCUGCUGUGUCACUAUUCUGAGCCGGCUGAAGAAGCGAUUGAUACUUUGAUGGCAUGUAUGAACCUCCAGUACCCGCCACAUCUACUACAGAUCUGGGUCUGUGAUGAUGGGUACUGCAAAACAAAGUGGACGAAGGGAAAUCCAGUCCCGACGGUGGAGUUAAACAAAGGUAUCUUGGAAACUGCUGGCGAUCUUCGUCAAGAAGUAGCUCAAUUCAUGUAUGACCGAGUGUGCGAUCCUAAUGAAGAGAUGGAGGUGUACGCAUGGCGAAAGCUACACUCGUCUGCUAAUCUCCCGUCUCCAUCGCGUGUCAAAGUAGUCAAUCGUGCUGAUUGUGCCGUGGGCUCAUUCCGUGAUGAUUAUCGCUACCCUGGUUUACCGCACGUGACUUUCAUUGGUCGGGUAAAGCCGGAAACUCACUACUCCAAGGCUGGCAACAUUAACAAUUGCUUAUACAAUGAGGGUGCUAACGGCCGCUAUCUCAUCAUUCUGGACACAGAUAUGCAGCCUCAUCCGAAGUUUGUUUUAGCUACUCUUCCUUUCUUCUUCGACGAUGAAGACCGUCAGGACAAGGCCAAAUACAUUUGCUGUGGUAUCGGUUGCAACUCUGUUGCAAAGCUUUGCUGUGCCUCGUGCCAAAUUGCUGGUGUACCAGAAGAGCAGAUUAGCUAUUGCUCGAAGGAUUGCUUUGAAAAUGCCAUGCAUGUACAAAGUGCAGUUCACCGUCGCCAGGUAAAUGGCACGAUGAGCGAUACUCACGCAGGCAAGAUUGAUAUGCGCUGCAUGAAUUGUGAUGCAAAGCUGCCAAAAAGUGGUGUUUGUCGCAAGUGCGGCAAUAAAAGUGCAGAUGGUGAGGAUGUGUCGUCACUUCAUACAUAUUCGGAUAAUGUGCGGGAUAACGCAGUAGCGUUCGUCCAGACACCCCAGUACUUUCGUGAUUGUAUUCAACUCCAGAUUGGCGACCCAAUGGGUCAUCGUAACGCAACAUUUUACGAUGCCAUUCAGACUGGUCAGGAUGGCUACGACUGCGCUUCUUUUGCUGGCACGAAUGCAAUGUUCCGACGUGAAGCUUUGGAUUCAAUAGGGGGCAUUCAGUAUGGCAGUCUGACUGAAGAUUGCUACACUGGUCAGGUGCUGUGCUCUAUGGGCUGGAAAGCGCAGUAUUUCCGCAAGGAUUUUGAAGGUGAGCCGUCGGAGCGCAUACGGCUAGCCGAAGGAUUAAUUCCUGACUCGGUCGCUGGCUCGUUAGCUCAACGUAAGCGUUGGGCCAAGGGUAACUUUCAGAUUGCUUUGAUGAACAAAAAGACGCAAUACUUUGACCCCGAGUGGAAGCUACCAGAGGCACAAGUUCCAACGUACAACAAGCCGAACAAGUUCAUGAGACGUGUUUUUUACUUUAAUUCGACGCUCUACCCGCUCGGCUCGAUUACGGCUAUCUUGUUUUACUACAUCACAAUUUACUUCUUAUUCUCUGGCUAUGCUCCAAUCUACAUGGCUGGCGAGCGCCUUGUAUACGCGCUUGUCCCGAAGUUACUUGUGCAAGGGUUGCUGUCAGCACUGAGCAAUCGUACUGUGGAGAAUAGCGAUGUGAUUCGAUCCCAAGAGGUCUGGUUUGCUUACGCUUUUACCAACUGCACGGCUGUGCUAGAGGCAUUCUGGUGGAAGAUUACUGGCAAAGAGCCUAAGUGGUUUAACACUGGAGGUGCGAGUCGUGGCUCGAUUUCGGAGCUUCCAAAUGUCAUUAUCUUUUUCGGCACUGUCGUAGGUAUACUUUGGGCGGUAGUGCGAUUUUUGGCUGGCUACAAUAGCAUUCAGACAUCGCAUGGUGCAUCUCUGCUGUUUGCUAGUCUAAUGAUGGGUCUAUUUCUCGCUGUUAAAUUGGCACCAAGCGUACGUAUGAGUAUUCAAGAGUACUUUGGUUGGAGUUAUGAGAGUCUUACGGAUCAAGGGAACGUUUUGGGUUCGAUUUCAAUUGCAUUUGGUCUUAUCUUCAUUACACUGUGGGUCUGGAUUGAACAACCUACGUCCAAUCCCUUUUGA